AUGAAGGGCGCUGGGAGUAGCAGUAAGAAAAGGAAGUGGGAUGCGGGCAGUAAGAGUUUUGGGCUUCCACAGUGCCGGCAGUGCGGACAGAGACACCAGGGUCAGUGCCGGGAUGUUCGUCGGGAUGUGUGUUAUCGCUGUGGUCAGCCGGGACAUUUGAAGAGGGACUGUCCACAAGGGCCCAGACUAGCUACACCGGCCUCACCAGCUACACCGGCCACCGGGCAGGAUGUCAUUUGCUUUCGUUGUGGACAGAGGGGCCAUCGUUCGAACGUGUGCACUUAG